UUAAUUAUCUUAAUAUAAGGGGGAGGGAAGAGAAGCAGCACUCUGCCAUGUGACGAGGGGCGACCGACCGGGCGAGGAGACAGAGAAAAGGCCCGCCCACCGUCGCCUCGGCAGUCGCCUUCCUCCCUCCUCUUCGAGUUCCUGAAUCCCAACCAAGGGUUGUUAUCUGUCUUUGUAGCCGAAGAAACAGUCCUGAAAAAGAAUGGAGAGCUCCUCAGCUAGGAGCAAUGUUUCUGAGAGGAAUCACCUGGGUUAUGCGAGAAGCACAUCUAUGGAUUCCACUGGUCCUCCGUUAGCUGGUAGGUCUGGCUCGAUGUUAAGUAGGAGAAGUAGCAGACAGAGCUCAAGGGGAUCCAUCAGCCUCUCAAGGGAGAUGGGGGACUCCAUACUGAGCUCAAUGAGGCAUUCUCUUCAGUCGGCGGAUCAAUUGCUAGGAGACAUUGAUAGCUCAGUUCUGGCUCAGCUCAUUGAAAGUGGUCGAGUUCUAUCACCCGAAGGCGAUGUUGAUGAGGAUACAGCAAGGAUCUCUGAGCAUAAUAAGAUUGGCCCUCUUCCAGAUGAAGCAAUAAAGCAAAACAAUGAAAAAUUUGCAUCAGCACUUGUAUCUUCAGCAGAGACAAAAGAUACUAUUUCUAACAUCCUAGCAGAUUCAUCUACCAAGGUUGAACCAUAUAAGCUUUCUCUGAGGCUUGACUAUGCUGCUUACAUGAUCCAUUUAGCUGUCUUUGGCUUUCUCGGGGUAUUCACAAGGUAUGGGCUCCAAAAGCUGUUUGGCCCAGACUGCUUGGCACUCACCUCAGACCAAAGCCCACUUUACCCUGACCUUCCAUCUAAUAUGCUUGGAUCUUUCUUGAUGGGUUGGUUUGGUAUCAUAUUCAAGGCUGAUAUACGAUACAUAUCUGACCAUCUUAUCGUUGGAAUCACAACUGGAUACAUGGGAAGCCUUACAACCUUCAGUGGGUGGAACCAGAAAAUGGUUGGUUUGUCGUCCAAAGGCCACUGGGUAAAUGCUAUAGCAGGCGUAGUACUAGGGAUGUUCAUUGUCAACGAGUCCAUCACGAUUGGUGCUGAGACGGGUGAGCGCCUACGGAGUUUGAUCCUGAAAUACAUCAGGGAGAAGAGUUUGAUAGGUCACAAAUAUGGUUGGGAGCACUGGAGGGUGGAUACCAGGACUAAGCAGUUUGUGCUUUUGUCAGUGAUGAUAAUUUUGAUGUCUUCCUUUUGGGUUUUGAGCAUUGUGUUGACUGUAGUAAAGAUGCAUAGUCUUGCUGAUGGUGCUGUCCUAUGGAUGGGCUGCUCGGUAGCACCUCCAGGAGUUUGGCUACGCUGGUACCUGGCAAGGCUCAAUGGCCAGGGAAUUGGCAAGCAGAGAUCCUUGAAAUGGCUGCCCAUUGGGACCCUGGUAGCCAAUGUUCUUGCUGCAGGCAUAAUGGCGGUUCUUGCUGUAACAUCCAAAGCGGUACAUACAAAGCGAUCGACAACUAUUCUUAGUGGAAUACAGCUUGGCUUCCUUGGUUGCUUGAGUACAGUGUCUACUUUUGCUGCUGAAGUGUAUACAAUGAGAAGAAGCGGGCAGAUUGCGAGGGCCUUUGUUUAUGCCGCAUCCACUUUCCUGCUUUCUUUUGUGCUGGGAACUCUAGUGUAUUCCGUGCCAGUUUGGGAAAAACAUUAUAAAUGACCUCUUGCAACUUCCAGGUCAACAUAUUAGCAGAUGGCUCAAAUGUGCAAUGGAAUUUUUUUUUCAAAAACGUACUCUGUUUUUUUACAUGCUGUAUUAGUUUUGUCCUAAGUUAAAUUGAUAGUCAAAGUUUAACUUAAGGGGGAAAAAACUAAUAUUACAUGUAAAAAAAUGGAGGGUGUAUAAGAUUGACACUGUACUAAGCAAGAACAUCAAAACCUGAACAAAGUACAAGAUACAAAUCCAAGAGCUCGAAGGUUCACAAAUAUGGAAGAGAGAGCACCAAAUAUGCAAUUUAGUUGCACAAAUAUUUGCUGAAUGGACCCAUAACCAUCUAUAUACUUGGCUAGGAAAAAUAGAGUAAACUCUGCUUAGUAGAAUACGUAGUUCUCAAAAUGAGCACACAUAGUAUAUGUGAAGUAAAUGGUAUCAUUAAUGUAUGAGAUUUGAGAUGUACAUAAUCGUUCGGCUGAUAAGCUUGGCAAAAAAAGUAUUGUUGCCUGAUUUGUUGUGAGAGAAAAACACUACUGGAUAACUGACAGAUUCGGCUGAUAAGCUCAAAUAAACAAGCAUUAGUGUGGGAUUAGCUCCACUUGUAUUCUCAUGUUGUCUCGUGUAAAUGCAGGACAUCGAGACAUGUCUUUUUCUUGUUAUUAGUUUAAUUUAAUUGAAUAAAACCAUUUCCUUU